AUGGCCACCAGAACACUGUACUGUUGUUACUAAAUGAUGAGUUCAUAUUGGACAUCCUCCAGGACAGGAUUAUGGAAGAGAUUGCGGAACAGGACAUGGAUAUAGAUAUGGCAGUGGUCAUUUUACUGAACUGUGUGAGAAGCAGUGACAGGGUUAUCCACCAAAGGGAUCAUUCCUACGAACUGAAAGAAAAGUUCAAGAGAAAAAAGAGAGAUUCUAUUAUUCUCAAAAAAUCUCUCUCAGACAGAGAGCAAGCAGACUUUGAUAUGAAAAAAGAAGAGCUUGGCAGAAGAUUUGGUGAUCGAUGCAAGCAGUUUCAUGGUUUUAACAUUCUGCAGUCUAAUUUCUCUGAAGCCUACAUCAGGAACGGAUGUGCUACAUUCAAACAUAUCAAAAGAACAAAUAAACCACUGAAGACGCAGCUUGCUGCCUUCCUGUGUCUGCUGAAUGCCUACGUACCAGGUUCAUAUCUCCUGGAGUCUCAGUGCCUGGACUUGCUCAGACAUGAAGAUGAUGUUAACCUUUCACUGGAGGAUCAAAUGCAGCCUUUCAGUCAUCUGAUCAUCACCUUCCAACAAGAUGGGAGAUCUGAAACAAAAGUCUGCAUGGCUCACAAUAUGAUAGCUCAGUGUUGUACUGAACUGUUGGGUGAUGCAGGUGUGACCAGAAGUGACACAACAAGAAAUCUCUUGAACAGUUUUUGCAGAAGUUAUGUUCCUUCAUGUUUGCUUGGGUUUGUCAAAGACAUGCUAACCAAAACUGGCUCAAAAAGCUAUUGAAGCUUUUGAAGAGGAAGAACAACUUUCUAAAAAUGAACACAUGAAAGGCCAGCAAGGAGAUGGGAAUACAAAAGUCUUGCGUGCUUUAAACAAGAGGGGACAACAUGUUAGACCUUGUUUACACAAACAUCCCACAUGCAUACAAGGCUUCACCCCUCCCCCACAUCGGACAAUCAGACUACAUCUCUAUACUUCUCACCCCAGUCUACAGACCUAUAACCCAGACGGGUCAUACCAACCUUCAGAGAGGUGAGAACAUAGUCAGAGUUGCCAUACCUGUUCUGCAAGAUUGCUUUGAAUACAAAGACUGGGAAAUGUUUAGAGAAGCUGCUACAUACACAGGCACCGUGUACCUGGAGGGGUAAACAACCUCAGUGACCAGCUACAUCAGCAAAUGCAUUGAGGAUGGCACUGUCUCCAAGACCGUCAUCACAUAUGCAAACCAUAAACCCUGGUUCUCUGCAAAGCUACGCAACCUGAUAAAAAAUGAGAGACUCUGCCUUUAAGUCCAACAGUAGAGAAGCUUACACUACAGCCAGAGCAGACCUAUCAUGGGCCAUCAUAGAGGAAAAGCGGGAGUAUGCAGACAAGAUCAACACACAUUUCACAAGUACAAAGGACACUCUGUGUAUGUGGCAGGGCAUUCAAACAAUCACGGCUACAAGCCAUCACCUCCGGCAUGCAGCACUGAUCCCUCCCUGCCUGGCCAACUGAAUGACUUAUUUGCACGUUUUGAGGCAGAGAACAAAGAGCCAGCAAGGAAGAUGCCACCCUCCCCCAACAACCAAGUACUCUGUCUGUCCACAGCAGACGUCAGGAUGACACUUUGCAGAGUAAACUCGCGCCCGUCAUCACAAAGUGCUUUGAGAGGCUGGUAUUGAGGCACAUGAAUACUCAGCUUCCACCGAAUCUGGACCUGCUACAGUGUGCUUACUGCCCAAACCAUUCCAGAGAUAAUGCCAUCUUGUCUGUUCUUCACCUUUCUCUCUCCCAUCUCGACAAAAAGGACACUUAUGUCAGAAUGGUGUUUGCUGAUUUCAGCUCAGCAUUCAACACAGUCAUUCCCCAGCAGCUGGUAAAGAAGUUGGACCUACUAGGAAUAAAUACCACUCUCUGUAAUUGGAUCUUGGACUUCCUAACUGACAGACCCCAGUCUGUCUCCAUUGGAAAUAAAACCUCCAAAGUCCUCAUACUGAGUACAGGAUCGCUGCAGGUCUGUGUGCUUAGUCCAUUGCUGUUCACCAUGCUAACACAUGACUGUACUGCACAGUACAGCUUAAACCACAUAAUCAAGUCUACAGAUGACACAACAGUGGUGGGUCUCAUCACCAACAACGAUGAGUCUGAAUACAGAGAGGAGGUACAACACCUGGUGGACUGGUGUCAUAAUAGCAACCUGUCUCUAAAUGUUCAGAAGGCUAAAGAGCUGGUUGUUAACUUAAGGAAGAGCUCAAUGGCCCACACCCCACUGCACAUCAACAGAUCUGCUGUUAAGAUGGUCAACAGUGUGAAGUUAAUGGGCAUGCACAUAUCAGAUGACCUCUCCUGGAACCUGAACUCCACCACUAUCAUGAAGAAAGCCCAAUAACGUCUUCACUUUCUUAGGAAACUGAAGAAGGCCAGUCUCUCUCCUUCCAUCCUCACAUAAUUUGAACAAUGUGCUUAUUUGCACACCUCAGUCACAUAGUUACUAAAUGAAGAUGAUAACAGUGGGUGGACUAUAUUCUUAAACUUAGUUACAGCACUUUCAUAAAGACAUCUACUGUAAUGAGGUCUACUACCCACUGCUGUGCAAUCAAUUAUUGUAAAUUUAAAUGUUAUCAGGAAAUGAUCAGAUGAGAGAGUUUUCAGGAAUCUCUGUUAAAUGUUCAGUUUCUAUUCUAAAUGUUAAAACAAGAUCUAGAAUGUGAUUAAAGUGGUGGGUGGGUUCUUUUACAUUUGGAGAGCAGACAAUUGGUUCUAAUAACAAAUUAAAUGCAGUAUUGAGGUUGUCAUUUUUAGCAUUUACAUGGAUAUUAAAAUCACCCACAAUAAUUAUUUUAUCUGAGCUGAGCACUAAAUCAGAUAAAAAGUCUGAGAAAUCAGACAGAAACUCUAUGUAAGGCCCAGGUGGACAAUAGAUGAUAACAAAUAAGACGGUUUUUCAAAUUUUGCAGCUAGGGGGGACAAGUCUAAGCGUCAGGCUUUCAAAUGAACAAAUAAAAAAUUCAGUCAGAUUUCUAGAGAUGAGAACUGCUUCUUUCAAAGUGGGAUGGAUGUCUUUUGUUUUAUUAUGGGUAUGGAGAUAUUUAUAUGCACAUGAAUGUUUGUAUUUUGCAGAUGAAAAUGCUGUGCUGUCAGACUUAUUUAGAGUUCUGCAUGUGGACAGUUGUGGAGAUUAUUUGGAGCAAGUGUCUGAAGUGACAUCAUCCCAUGUGAAGUUAAAGAAUCUAGACUUCUCUACAAAAGGAGUCACUUUUCUAAGGAAACUGGGCCUGCCUGUAAAGAUUUCUGCAGAUGUGUUAAUAUACAUGAGAGUCAGAACUGGCCUCACUCUGCAUGUUUAUCUGGUUCCACGUGAUCGUUCAUUACAACAGGGAGUAGAGGAAGAAGAGAAAUCUGAUGGAUUUAGAAAAAUCAGAAAGCCAAGUCCUACAAAGCAUCUACAGCUGGAGAGUAGUUUCUACCUCUCAACAGACUCAGACACAGCAGAAAUCAGCCCAGAUAAAAGACAGUUCACAUUAGAGUGGAGCAACAAUAAUUUCUUUGAAGUGGUCAUUAGAAAUCUGACAAGUGACUUCAGAAACUUGAAACUAAAACUUGAAUGUGAAAAAAAGAAAAGGAAAGAAAAGGACACCAUCUGGACAUGCACUAUCGGAGCAGAUGACUAUCAAAACCAAAGUAUUCACCAUGAAGAGGGUUGGCAUUUUGUAGAUCGCCAUCGAAUAGCUCUGAUUGACAGGGUGAGCGACACAGUAGCCAUUCUAGACAAACUCUUGGAUAAAGGCUUGAUCUCAGAAGAAAGAUUUGAUGCAGUGAGGGCUUUAAAUACAACACAAGAUCAAAUGAGAGAAAUUAUUAAGUCCGUGAAGUCAACAAAUGCAGCCAAAGACGCCUUUUAUGAAAUUUUGAAUGGGAUGAAGGCUCUCAUGCCUCUCAUGUCUGAGCUUGAAGGAUCUCAGUGAAAGAAUAUUUUUGGUCUCUGAUAGAGUAUAUAAAGUCUGGUUUUUCGUGACUGUGACAACAGCUGUUGCUGGAACCAAACUGUACAUCUGAUUAACCCACAGCCUUCUCCAUGCCUUAUGUUUAAGGAGGACAUGUUGAACAUUGAUAUCAAAUGAUGACGAUGAAUUUUAUGUAGUGGCAAAAAAAAUGUUUAAUGUGAAACUUGUUUUCUCAACCGCGUUAUUGUUUUUGUGUAGGCAUAAAAUGUGCCAUUUUAAUAUGUUUUUUUUUAUCUUUGUAAUUGUAUUUAUUUUAUGUUUUCUCCAAGAUGAGAAACAGAAGUGAAUGUUUUUGCAGAAGAUAACCAAAUAUGUGUGCAUAUUUAAAUGAAAAUGCCUAAUUAUUAGAAUUCAACUUGUAUGUCGAUCACAGAAUGUAUAAAAAGAACAUUUCUGAGUAAAAAGUGCAUAUUGAAGUGUAUAACAUUUGUAAUGAAAGGGAAUUUUGAAAACAUUCUCACCUGGAAAAUUUUGUGUUUUUCUGAAGGUUAAGUCUUUUCAUUGGUUUUCAUUUUUCUUUGCAGUAGAAUGAGAAUGCAAACCCUUCUACUUACUAAGCAGUAGGGUUUGCAGUAUAUCACUUUAAUUAAACUCAGUCUUAUUUAGAUAAGAUAAGCUUUAUUAGUCCCACGCAUGGGAAAUUUGUUUUGUUACAGCAGAAAGUGGACAGUGCAAAGUUACAUUAGAUUAAAAAAAAAAACACUGGAAGAGAAUACGAUAAUAAGAAUAUGAAU